ACUGUGCGUAAAUCAGGAAGUAAAAAAAAGAACAAAACGCAGCACACAGCAGAAAGAUUUAGAGCACAGAGGGAAAUACAAGAAGUGCCUUUAAAUUUACUUUUUUUAUAUAUAUAAACAUAUAUAAGGAUAUUGAACGGCUUAUCUUUCCUUGGAUGUUAUUGUUUUAUGAAUAAGUGUAUGAACAUCAGGGCUGGAUAUUCCUGGAAACACAGCACGUAGUGAGAAAGAAACUGAAAGCUCUCAGAAGGAAAAGAACUUGUGUGUGGGGGAAGGUUGUUUCACAACCACCUGCCCCGUCUGCUGCAGGUCAGUGGAGGGCUGACAACGCUCAUCCUGGGGAAACAAACACAAGUACUACGGUAUGUUUCCAAAUAUGGCCAAAACUUCCACUGUUUGGAGUUAUGUGUCCAAAAUGCCCCAGGAACAGUUUGAAACCCUGUAUGGAUGUUUUCCCCAGAGAGUGCGGUAUCACUUGGGUGACUGGCUGGAAACUCAACCAUGGGAACAUAUCUCUGGAACAGAUUCAUUCUGCACUGAAAAGGCAAACUCUGUAUUAAAAGAGUUAAUGGAACAACUAGAGAAGGCAGCCAGGAGUUGUGGAAAGGAUGGACCCUUGGUUCUCCAGUGGCUAGAAAGUUUGAAGAGCCUGUCUCAGCAUGAACCAAUGAGAAUAAUACAGCUAUUCAAGACUAUUUGUAAAGGAGAAAUGGACGCCGUUGUGAAGAAGAAUAGUCGUCUGAGCGCGGUCUUUCAAUCUAGAAAGGAAGAGAUGAUGUUUAAUUACCGCAGUAUGAAGUUACAGCACAAAUUGGGGCAGAUCUCAGUGGUAAAACAAAAUCUGAAGGUUGCACUGGAGAGUCUACCAUUCCAUACACAAGUACAUGAUAUAUCAAGUCUACAAAAGCAAUGGAUAAUGUUGAUUGAGGAAUCAUUAAACACAUUGAGCACUGUUCAGGAUCAGGCAAUAAAGAGGAUCGAUAUCUGGAAGAAGCAGCAGCAAUUGGCUGGAAAUGGAGCUCCCUUUGAUGGGAAUUUGCUUCCUCUGCAGGACAGGUUGGAAUUUCUUUUUGGUAUAUACAACGAACUGUUUCAUUUGGUUGGAGAACUUGGUGAGACAGGACAGGGAUUGGUGACCCCAAGAUUUUGUGAUCAAAUUAACUCUGGCUUUGGUGCUCUUAUUAAGAGCUCUUUUCUAGUUGACAAGCAGCCACCUCAGGUACUGAAGACACAGACCAAGUUUCAAGCCAGUGUCAAUUUCAUGCUGGGCUCCAAGAUCCUCUCUGGACUUAACAAAAUGCCUGUGAUAAGAGCAAACAUUGUCACAGAAAAAAGAGCACAAGAGUUGUUUUUGGUACCUUCCAGUGACACGUUAAGUGAGAUUGUUGGAAAUAACUCAACGAGAACUGGAUCAAGAACAGCUGAUGAUGGCAGUGGAGAAAUAGAAAAUGGAAGAUCUAUGUUUGAAGUCACCCAAGCCACUAAGACAUGUGGAGCAGUAUUUAAAAACAUGCUGCUGAAGAAGAUAAAGCGCUGUGAGAGGAAAGGAUCAGAAUCCGUAACAGAGGAGAAAUGUGCGAUAUUAUUCACUGCAGAAAUUAACUUCAGUGGCUCGACUUACAUUGUCCAGGCCUUAUCAUUGCCAGUGGUGGUGAUUGUGCAUGGGAAUCAAGACAACAAUGCCAAAGCCACAAUUCUAUGGGACAAUGCUUUCUCCGAGAUUGGGCGACGCCCUUUCUUUGUGGAGGAAAAGGUCCCAUGGAAAAAAAUGUGUGUCACUUUAAAUAUGAAGUUUGUAUCUGAGGUGGGGACCAAACACGAGCUGUGCCCUGAACAUUUCUGGUUCCUUGCUCAGAAGAUCUUUGGUGAAAACUGUAUUCGAUUUGAUGAUUUAAAAGAACGCUCUGUGUCUUGGGCGCAGUUUAACAAGGAACCACUUCAGGAGCGAAACUUUACAUUUUGGCAGUGGUUUGAUGGAGUUGUUGAUCUCACCAAAAAACAAUUAAGAGAUUACUGGUCGGACGGGUUGAUAAUGGGCUUCGUCAGCAAACAGUAUGUUCACAAGCUUCUCAGCAAUGAGCCGAAUGGUACAUUCCUGCUGCGUUUUAGUGACUCUGAGAUUGGAGGCAUUACUAUUGCGCAUGUUCAUGGUUCUGGACAAAUCCAAAAUAUUCAGCCAUUCACUGCGAGGGACCUUCAUAUCUUAUCUUUGGGUGACAGGGUCAAAGAUUUGAAACAGCUGACACAUCUCUACCAAAAAGGCCGGAAAGAUGAUGUCUUUGAGAAAUACUAUAACAAGGUUGCAGACAGUAGUAAUGGAUACACAAAAGCUCGUAUUACAAUUGUGGUGCCAGGUGAUAAAAGUGAGGAAAAACAAUUGUCUCCAGUAUGGACUGAUCAUACCCCGAUGGAGGAAGGUGAUAUCUGCCAGCCAUCAACCAGCACAAAUCUGCAGUAUGCGUCCCCAAUCCAUGGCUCACCUGUUGGGAGUCCCAUGAUGCAUGUUCCAGCUCAAACACUAUACAAUCCUCCAUUGGGAACGUAUGGCAUAGUUCAGCCUCUUCCUCCGCUGCCUGAACCAACUCCAUUUCCUUCCACUGUAGGGUUUCUGCCAUCAUAUUCCUUUGUGGAAAACAAUACACCGUGGGGACAAAGUUAUGUUCCUGAAGCGUCCACCAUUCAACAAGAGAAUUUCACUAGAUCAGAACUUGAUUUUCAAGAGAUACUGGGACUUUUGGACAAUGAUAUUGCCAUAUCAGGCAUGCAAGAUUCAAUUCCCAUGCAGUAAGACGUCUGGAAAAACUGACUCUGGGUGGUCACAUGCUUAACAACUAUUACCUAAAUGCACCAAGGAUUCAUCACUGUGUUAAAGGCGAAGUUUCAGACUAAGAAUUUCAUUUGUCAAGCACAAUAUAUACAGUAACUGCAUUUCAUUCAUAACUGAAAUGUUUGGAUCUUCAGUACAGUCUUUUAUUACUAUUGAUGGCACCACAGUUACUGAGUGAUUGGAUUUGUUAUUUGCAAACAAAAAAGUCUGGGGCUCUAAGAUGGUACCAUAUUAUAAAAGUCACUUUUUAAGCUAUACUUCCACUACCAUGAGCAUUGGCAUUAUGUUAUGUGAAGCAAUUCAACCAGCAUGUUGGCUUCUGUAAUGCGUAAGAAUAAAAUCUUAUGCCACAAAGCUCAAACUCCUUUCUGUCCUAAGGCUUUUUGGCAUUCAACAGGUUUGGUUUUACAGAUUCUGGUGUUUUGUGCAAGAGGCAGCAGCGUGGAAAUUCGAUCUGACCUGAUUGGCCGUGUGUGUAGGAGAACCUUCAUACCAAAGAAUUAGUCAGACACAGAGCUUUGGAAAACUUUUUGCGACAAUCAUUAAUAUUACAGUGUCACUAAGUACAGUAAAUUGUGUUACUCCAUAAGUGCAGUCUUUCAGUGCCUAGUAAUAGUAACAAUAUUUCAACUGUAUGCCUUUUAUUGUAGAAAGAUGUCUGACUGGGCAAGAAAGAAAGAGAACCCAUAAAUUGGGUGGGACAUAUCACAAAUAAUCUUCAGUGCUCUACCUUUAAAAAGCCUGUUAAAGUAUAUUACAUGUACAGUAUAUAUCACUCAUUAAAUAUUUUGUCUGA